AAGGUUAUAUAUUUAUUUAGCAAGAUCCAAAAACCAAAAGGUCUUCAUUAGGGAAAAGAUGGUGAGGGCACCAUGUUUUGACAAAAACGGAAUCAAGAAAGGUGCAUGGAGUCAAGAUGAAGACAACAAGCUACGAGCCUAUAUCGAGAAAUACGGCCACCCGAACUGGCGAGAACUCCCCAAGUUCGCUGGUUUGUCGAGAUGUGGAAAGAGUUGCAGGCUUCGGUGGAUGAAUUAUUUGCACCCGAAUGUGAAACGUGGUAAUUUUACAAAAGAAGAAGAAGAUGUGAUUAUUAGUUUACAUAACAAGCUUGGCACUAAAUGGUCAAAGAUUGCUAAACUAUUGCCGGGAAGAAGUGACAAUGAAAUAAAGAAUCAUUGGCACACACAUUUAAAAAAUCGGACUCCAAAUAGUCAAACUGUGCACAAGAAUGAACCAAAGAAUGAACAAACUGGAAGUGUUGAACCCUGUCAUGGUACACUUCUAGAAAAGGGCGAAGUUUACUACCAAAUGAACCCUAAUUCAACAACUCAACAAGAAGUUGAAAUUUUAUUGGCAGUGUUAUCAUCUUCUUCGACUAGUGAAUCGUCAGGUUGUUCUUUGGGUGCCUCAGAUUCGGCGGUUACUAGUGACGUUACACCACAAAUUUCGGAUACUGCCCGAAAUAUGUGGAUUGAGCCUUAUUUACCAGAUGACGGUAGCUUCAUGUCAUCUAGUGAUAACAUUUUCUCACCAUUUGGCUUAGCAAAUGAUCUCAUCUCCCAGACUUCUUCGCAAGAUUACCUGAUGGAUGAUAUGCUUUUAUGGUCAACUUAAUAAAUUAUACACAUUUGUAAUUUAA